GGACUGCGCGACUUUAUGCUCUAGCUGCUAAUAUUGAUGCAUUUUCAACACAAACUCUAGCAACUGUAGUUCAGUCAAAAUCGAGAUACCGUUUCGAACGGACGAAAAACACGGCGAUCGUCGCGCAAGCGAAAUAACUUAUAAAGAUUAUUGAUAACAACAAAGAAUGAGCAUAUAUGGUGUGAAAAAAAUUAGAAUUCAUUACAAAACAGAAUACAAAAAAGCAAAAGAAAAGUAAUCAAGCUACAUUUACGUGUCUGUUUUUAAAAAGAAAUAUAUUUCAAGCUUACUUGUGUGUGUGCAACAGUCUACGAAUACAAAGUGUUUAGUGUAAAACAAAAAUAUAUAUACAUAUUAAUAAAAUCCAAUCAAGCCCAACCAAAAAACGACGAUAUGCCUAUAUAUGUAUAUCACUAAUUUAUUACAAAGUCAACGUUAACGAGUGUUAAAUAAGAGAAAUUAAAAAAUAAAUUUAGAAGAAGAAGCAGUAAAAGUUACAAGUGGAUCUGUGCAAAAGUGUAGAAGUGUUGCAAUAAAGCAGUGAGUGUUAAUCGUAAAGAUCGGCAGAUCGGCGUGAAUAUUUGAAUUUCGAAAUUUCAAGUGCGAAAUUGUGUGAAAUUUGGAAAUAGCAAGCGAUUUGUGGCUUUGUGUGCUUAAGCUAUAGCAAAACAAAGCUGAAAAUAUUGUGACCUCAAAACGAAAAAUCGGUAAGCAGCGCGAAGUCCAGAAAUAAUAACAGUUGUUGCGUCUUUUCGGCAAGAAAAUGUAUUUUUGAAGCAUUUAACUUAUUAAAGCAAACGCUGGCAGCUGUUAAAUUCCGCACAAAAAACAACAAAAUUUAUUAGCUUUAAUUGGCAGCUGAUCAAACCUAAAGAUCAAGCUACUUUCAAGAAACAACUUUAACAAGAACAACAACAACAACAUAUAAGCCGUUUCAACGAGUUUGCGACGCUGCCGCAAUAUAUGAAAUAUUUAAAUGAGCUGCAACAACAACGGCGUGCAGUUAUAGCGACACCGCAGCUAACGAACACAUGCCAUGAUCACCAGAAUACAAGCAAUAGCAAGCAGAGUAAUAACAACAACACCUACAUGUAACGGAUCUAAGUCAAGAGCAAUGCAACAUCACACGAAAACAGCAAAUUCAACGACCAUAACAACAACGACAACAAUAGCUGGUCAGAUGCAGAAACACAUGACAACAAACACGCUGGACGCUACGACGAUGAUAGCGGCAACGGCGACGAUGAGGGCAAGGCGCGCUGCAACAACAUGGCGACGUUGUAGCAUGGCCGCUUUGCAGGUGUUAGUGCUUGUGUGCGCCUUGCCACCGCCCUUGCAACCGUUGCGCUUGUCGACGCAGCGCUGGGCGGGCGCCGUCGAGGCGUUGCCGAUUACGUCGAAGCCCAUCGAGGGCACCGCUGAAAAUCUGGCCUGGCAGGAGUGGCUCAUGUUGCCAGCCGAACAGAAGCAGUUGGAGAAAUCGCGUAAAGUCACACCGAAAUCGAUAUUUUCGCUGCCGUUUCGCGACUGUCCGCCCGGCCAUCAGCUCUUCCAGUCACGCUGCAUACCAACCGUGAACAUCAAUCAGAGCGACUUGCUGACACAGCAGGUGUUGGGCUUGUUCGGCGGCAGCAAUGCGGGCGCAGCGGGAGCCGACACAGCAUACGAAAUCGAUUACGGUGACGAGGAGUACGAUUUGGGUUUGGGUGAAGGUGAACCGGUGAUGAUGUACGAAACGCCGCCGCAGCCCUUCAACGGUGGCCUUGUUGUGGGCGCAAGCAACACACAGCAACCGCCGGCGCGUGAUGAGCCGUUGAAAUUCAAUCUGUUUCAGCAAAAAUUUCCAACCAACGAUUAUGAAGCGGAUAUAAGCACUGGCGCGAUGGAGGGCAGCGGCGCCGCGCGACCAUUGACUGAAUUGCUGGCCGCGAAUGGUUCGAAAGGCGAGCGCGCUGGCGUGGCCGGCAAUGACAAUGAUGUUGGCGCAACACUUUUCAACUCAACACAGUUUUUGGAUGCGGUACAAGGAUUUUUUCAGCGCAAUGUUGCAACGGCGCAGAGCGAUAGCAAUGCAACAAUAGCCGCGGAGACCGGGAGUAAUGCCAACAUCACGGACCACAAUACGCGCGCAGUGAAUGGCAGUCAAGCGCUGGCUGAUUUGUCUGCGGCCGACAGCAAUGUGCCAGCAUUCUCAGACGGCGAUAUCGAUGCGAUUAUAUUGCCAGCCGUGGGCGCAGGCACCACUGCGAAAACGAUUGGUGGUUAUGCUGGUGGCGACCUUGAACCGCAGCGCAUAUCACUGUUCAAGGAUGACAGCAGUGUACACCUGGUUACAACGGUAAUUGCGCAGGCAGCCAGUGUUGACCGCGCAGGUGGCGCGGAGGAGGACGCAGUGGCGGGCGAUUUGGUGGCAGCGGCGCAACAACAAGAGAACAGCAUAGCGCACUUUUUACGCGCCGAUGCACUCUUGCCCUUGAGCAGUGUAGCGCCUUACAUUACCACAACAACAACAACUACGGCAACAACGCCAUAUACACAUGAUGCCGGUCAUGCACCAAAAACGUCGUCAAUGAGCGCCAAAGAUGAGCACCCACGCAGCGUGACGGCGCUAAAGGCGUCGACGGCAGCAAACGAUACCGACGCACAGGAGACGAGUUUUAUAACCACAACCGAGCCCGAGGGCACUACAAACUUUCAAAUCGACGAAACUACCGUGAUAGAGGCGCAAGAUGCUGACGCCGUGGCCGCGGAGAGUAACCUCUCGCUUUUGCAGACCAUUGCACAGCAACAACAAUUGGAGCUUGAAAAAUCGAAAGCUACGGCUGUUGAAGAUGUGCCGUCAACCACGCUGGUGACGGGCACAGUCGAAGAUGAGACGACAGUUGCUGGCGACAAGACAACAACGCAAACUGAGACAAUAAUUAACGAAACAACAACAACAACAACACUACAAAAUGCGUCCGAAGAGAGCGCAGAAACAGCAGAUACGACCGUACAACCGUUACCCAGUGCAGAUGUAGUGUCAGGCGCAACAACGACGCCGCAAGCAAACUCAGCUAGCACAUACCGGUUUCGCCACACCCCUACCGUCGCCACCGCAGCCGUUACUCCCAUCCAGUUACCUGCGCGCAGCAACGCUGCGGAUAAACAAGUCCCCAGUCUUGUCACCACAGUUGUACCGCAGACCGUGGAGAUACUUGCGGGUGAGGAGGCGACGACGCGUGUCAGCGCCGACAGCGCGCUGGUGAAUGAUGUGCCGAGGAGUGGCAACAACACCGACAAUGACGAUUUGGUGAAUGUUGUCGCCGCCAGCAUCAACAGCGACACCGAUAAUGACAGCAAUAAGUAUAAAAAUGUCGCGGCGCACAAUCACAAUCGGCCUGCGGAGGCCGCGUCAGUGACGCGCGACGUAAAUAUCGCGCAAGAAUUGCGGAUGAUUAAUGAAUUGGUGAAGGGCAAUCGACAGGCGAGCGCGACAAAAAUAGCAGCUACAAAGACAACAGAAACUGCAGCAACAGCAACAACAAUACAAAGUACAACCAUUUCAACGCCGCCAAGCGCAAAAGCGCCUGUUGAGGAGGAGCAGAAAGCCGCAAGCGCGGCAGAUUAUGAUCAGCAUGGCAGCGCGAGUGGCGCGGAAGCGGUUGAGCUGGGUGAAGACGUUGACGCGACGACUACAACAGCAGCAGAAACAGCUACACAAGUGGCUGAUGCGUCCGCAUUGAACGAGUCUUCGUUGCCUGCGGAGAGCAGUAGCGAAACCGUUGCAACAACAACAAUGCCAGAAACCGCACAAUUACUCUCGUUGACUAAAAUGGAAAGUGCAAAUCAAAGUGCCGAGUCUGCCACAGCAGAAAACGCGCCACUUAGCGAAUCGUCAAGCAAGAAGCGCGCCGGAGUCGAGACUCAUACGAGCGCAGAACCCGACUUUGAGACCGAGGCCACGGCAACAGACACAGAAUUUAUGGCCGCUACAACGCUUUGGUCGCGGAUUAUGCCCAUCUUUGGGUUUGGUGGCAGCACCGUCGUUGCAGAAGCAAAUGCACCGGCAGUAACCACGCCAACAACAACAACAACCACAACAACAGAGGUCGCGGAGCACACACCAGUCGGUAGUAUUAGUAGUAAUAGUAGCAGUAUCAGAAGUAGUAGUAAAAGUAAAAAUAGUUUAAGUGAAAAAAGUAGCAUUAUGGAGAAAAACAACAAUAACAACAAUAUAAUUAAUAACCAAAAGAGCGAUUUCGAUACGCCCAGUCGUCGGAAUAGCAAAAUUAUACGAAUCGAUCAUUUUAGUGAUAAUAGCGUAGCGGCAGCAACAGCAGCAACAACAACAAACACACUUGAAGAUACAGCAGCUACAAUAACAAAAACAACAGAUGACUUCGUCAUUGUGCCAGAAGAGCACGAACCCAUGGAGCAGUCGGCCUACUGGUGGUUGCCCGCCAAUUGGCGUCUCAAUCGCGGCACGACGACCGAAGAGCAACCGCUGCUCUUUCGCUUGUGGUCCGCCUUUCCCGAAAGCCAAAUGAAAACCAAAGUUAGAACAUAAUAAUCCCAGUUUGUUGCUUCCCACAGCAAUGUCCACUCGUAUGGCAUGUCUCGCAUGCACGUACGAAACGAAGGAGAUUGUGGGUAAGGAAAUUGGCGCAAAGUAUUGGGUUUAGUCAAAUUUUUAAAUGCUUCGGAGCUUUAAAAGCUGCCGAAAAUUGGAGUCGUGAGAAAUCGGGCCAAGCUGACAUUAAAUGGGGCGGGGUUAGUUUUUCCCAAGAGCACUCGUACAAAUUACAUACACAAACCGCUAGAUAAACAACAACAAUAACAAAGAGAUAAUUAACUUAACGCUUAGUGAAAUAGAGACCAAUGCAAUGAACGUGAAAAAAUAGAAAAAUUUUUAAUAGCUAAAUACAGUUAAACUUGUAGUAGACAAAUUUUACGAGCGCGCGCGGAGAGGGAAUAUUAGAAAAAGCAUAUGUACAUAUAUGGGAAAUAGGCAGCGCCAAAGAAUGUGCGCAGAAGUUGGGAGAUUCAUUGUAGCGCAGAAAAUGAUAAAAAGUAUGAAAGCUCAGACAAAAGCAAGCAUGGGAGUUAGUCCGCACGAAGUGUCUGAAAGCUUUGUAGGUAUGGCGGUAAAACAUUUGUUCAUUACUUAAAUUCAAAGUACAUUUGCGAACCACGCUUCUCUGGCACUCUAGCGCAAGUAAAAGUUCAAAAAGCGCUUUGGGAUGUGCCUGCGAAAAGUGUAAGCUCUAAGAUUACGUAAUUUACAGAUUGCGUGGUGUGCAACACUUUAAGUAAACGUUAAAAGCUUAUGUUUACUCAAAAUUCAUUUAAAAUCAUAAAAUUCUGUAGAAAAAUUAAAAGCUUUCAUUACAUAAUUGGCAGCUGGAGUAAUAGUGAAAGCUGCUAAAAGCGCUUCGCACUUUUUGUGUGAAAAUUUAAGCGCUUCAAAUGAUUGUUGUGCAAUGACUGGCAAAUUUUUGAACCAUCGUGGGAAAGCUUCAUUAAAAUAUGGGAGCUUUACUUAAACAUGAAAGCUCCCAUUUACAAAGUUUUAUUGUUUUUGGGAAAUGCCUCUUUAAAGUGUAGAAACACAAAUAGGCGUAGUAAAACUUUACGCAAACUAAAAGAGCUUAAAGCUACUAACGUAACAGAGCUUUCUACGCACUUUAUUCAGAUUACUAAAAGAUUUUUUAUAUGAAAAAUUAGUUUCAUCAACACCAAAGUUGCCGUUGCCGUUGCCACGCAAAUGUCGGAAUUGUGAAAUUCGCGCUAAAGUCGAGCUUGUCGGAUAAGCCUGAAAGCAGGAAUGAUAAAAGUAGUAAGCAGAAAAGGAACUACGCAAAAUAUGUAUUGCCAUUAAACAAAAACAAAAAAAAAUAUUAAAAAAAAAAUAAUUGUGCUGAUUUUCUCUUGUAUGUAUUAAAUAUUAAGCCAUUGUUGCUGUUGUUAUUGUAUUGUUUUUGUUGCUGCUGUUAUAUAGAUUUUCGUUUUACAUUACAUAUACUACAACACACACAUAUAAUAAAAUUAAUAACUCAUUAAAAAUAUCCCCUUUGUAUUUGUUGUAUUAAAUAUAAGUAACGUACAUAGUACCUAACAGUGUUAUUGUUGUUGUUGCUGCUGCUGCUGCUAUGGUUUCACGAGUAGUUAAGCUCACACAUACAAUUUUAAGUACACACAUACAACAACAACAUGCAUACAAGAACAAAAUAAAAUAUAACGGUUUUUUAUGAAACUGCACGCAUUUCGUAUGAGGUCAUUCGCCGUUUUGCCUGGCUCCGAAAUUAUUUCAGAAAAUUUCCAAAUGAUUUAAAGAUCGUAAAACACUUACGAAAACAAUAUGUGAAUCAUAUUAUGUGUUUCUGCCAUGCAAAUUUGUAUGCAAGUACUUUUAUGUGUAUGUAUUUAUAUUUAUUGAUAUUAGGGUGGUACUAAAAAAUUUUAAAUUAGUGAUAUUUUGCAAUAUCUAAUCCCUAACCUGUAAUAUUGGCGUUAUUAUAUUAACAUUUUGUUCCUAAUCGGAGGGGAUUAAGGUCGGUACACCGCAGAGGUAUCAUAGUUAACAUUUUCUCUGGAGGCCCAAAAACUUUUUUGUCAUUUAUUGGGCUGCCGAAGUGUACCACAUUUUAAUUUAAACUUACAUUACAUUAGGGUGAACUUAAAAAAUUAUAGAAAUUCACCUGAAAAUGUUUAUCAACAUAUAAGGACUACCCUAAUAUGUAUAUAAAUUUUUUCAUCUUGUAAAAGAGCUUAACGAUGUCAGCUAGGGGUGAGCUUUAAAAAUUACAGAAAUUUACGUAAACUGUUGCUUUUUGUGGAUCAAGAGACCACCCUAAUUUCUAUAACUGUAAUAAUUCAUGUUGAGAGGGGAUUAACUAAGGCAAAUAAAUGUGAAAUUUUACAAAUCACAAAAAUUUAUGUAAAAUAUUUUUUCCACAUAUACUUAAGGACCACCCUAAUUUAUUUAUUUAUUAAUUUUUCAUAAAGACUAAACGAUGUUUCGUAAGGAUGAGCUUUCAAAAAUCACAGAAAUUUACGUAAAUAGCGUUUUUUCUAGAUUUAUUGACUACUUUAAUAUGUAUAACUGUUUUUUUCUAAAAUAAGGGACCACCCUAAUUAAUAUAACUGUGAUUAUACAUAUUGUACAAGACUUUAUUGCGCAGAAUUCUCCGCAUUCCGAUUUAAAAAUAAUGUUUCACAUAUUAGAACCACCCUAAUAUGUGUUCAAUUUUGUGAAUUUCACAAUAAUCAAAGUCCAAAAACCACAAUCAAAGUCAAAAUGUCCCAAAAUCUUCCAACAUCUUUUUAAAUUGUUUCUUCCGUAUUUAAGUACGCCCCUAAUAUACAUAAGAUAGGCUUGUGCUCAUGUACCAGGCAUUUAAAAUGCCGAAAGCCAGCAUCAAUUCGCUUAUUACACAUACACCCACACCCACAGCACAUAUGUAUACUUGAUUGCCUGCGUGUAUUUCCUUGUUUUGCGUUCUUUAUCAAUAAUCGUUGCCUGCGCGACAGUGACACAAAACGGCGAAUGCCAUUGCAAUAUUUACCAAAUGUGAUGUAAUGCAAAGAAUAAGCGAAAAUUUAUUUGUGUUAAGUAAACACAUGUGUUUUUUUAAUUUUAAAUGAAAAUAAAUAAUUUUUUUAUGUAAUUAUUUAUACAAUUUACUAUGUAAGUUUGUAUGUAUUAAUUUUAAGUGAAUAUCUAUAUAUAUUAUAUACUUGUACAUUUAUCUAACUAGCAUUAUAAGAUCUAUUAUGUAUUAUAACAAUAUUCUGUGUAUAAAAAUAACUGUAAAUGUCAAGUUUUAAGCGAUAUUUCUAUAACUAAGUAGCAAACAACACAAUUAAGUCCAACAUUUAGCUUGUGCCCGAACUAUUUUUAUUUUUGUGUAAAUCUAAUAAGCCCUUAAAAUGUGUGUAUAUAUCAACUAAUAAUUCAAAAUGGCCCGAUUCAAUGGGAAAACUCGGCGUAUUUGUAUGUGUAAGAGCUACGAAAGUUGUACUAAAGUAAUAUUUAUUAAGCGGAAAUACGCAGCAUUUAAGUCAGUCCAAUAUAACUGUUAUCUAUGAAAAUAUGUGUGUAGAUUAUUUUAUUGCAUGAUACAUCACAAUUUGUUAAAAAAUAAUAAUAAUAAUGGCAAAAAAAUCAUUGCAAUUACAAUGAGAGCUUACAAACUUUAUUAAGCGAGUUUUCGAAACUUAACCGAGAGGCAAUUCCUAUAUUGAUUAGGAUUAUACCACUUCUUCUUCUUAAUUGGCGUAAACACCGCUUAGGCGAUUAUAGCCGAGUUAACAACAGCGCGCCAGUCGUUUUAUGUUAUACCACUAGGAACAUGUUUUAUGUGGCUUAGCAAGUCCAACAACCUAAAGUGAUGAUGAAUAAACUUCAAACUCAUAAACCAAAUAAAGUAAAAUUUUGAUUUAAGGCGGGAGCUUUGAAGAAACUGAAAGCGAAAAAAUAAGAAAUUAAAAUAAAAGCUUAAAUCAAAACAUACAUCAAUAUGAAAGCCUUAAAUAAUGUCGGAGCUUUAAGUGCAAGUUUAGAAGAAAGUGAAAGCUUUUCGGCUUAAUAAUGUCGGAGGUUUAAGUGAAAGCCUAGAAGAAAGUGAAAACUUCUCAGAAUUAAAAUUUAAGCUUUAAAUAAUUUCAGAGCUUUAUGUUAAAGUUGAGAAAAAAAUAAAAGCUCAAACAAUAGAGAAAACUUUAAACAUUUUUAAGGCUUUAAACAAAGUUUAACCGUACAACAAAGCAGAAGUUCAAAAUAAGGCUUUUAUGAAUGUUGCCAACAAAACGAAAAAUUUUUAAAAAUUUUAAAGCCUUGUCAAAGCCAAAAUAACAAACAUAAUAAAAGUGUUAAAAAUGGCAGAUUAAACCCAAAGCUUUUAAAAGUUGAAAAAAUUACCGAUAAAAGCUAAAACGUUUACAAGGUUGACAAAAACACUAAGAAAGUGAAAGCUUAGAUCAAAGCGCGAACAUUAAACCAAGAAAAACUGUAAAAGAAAAGUUCGAAUUUGAAAUAAGGCUAAUGUUAACAAAUGUUGGAAACAAAGUGGAAGCUUUGGAAAAACGAAAGCUUAUUUAGAGCUUUUGGUUAAAUGUAAGUUUAUGCAAAGCGAGAUCUUUAGACAACACGACAAGAUGAAAGCUUUGGUAAUGUGAAAGCUUUGAUGAAGUGAAAGCUUAUGUAGGCGAAAAUUUUUGACAAAUUUAAAUUGGGCUUUUAAACGUCAUAUGUUAAAAUGAAGCCUCAAAAAUAAAGGAAAAGCUUGACACAAAAUUAUAUACUUAAUAGAGUGAGAGCUUAAAGGAAAAUGAAAAAAAGGAAACUUGUACCAAAGUGCUUGUCUCUAAUAAGUCAACAACUCAAAGUAUAUACGAGACAGUCGAGACAAUGUAAAAGCUUAGAACGUGCUUAUACUUUUUUAAUAACUCUCUCACGCUCUUUAGACAUAAGAGAGUAAGUUAUUGAUUUUUCUACUAAAAGUGAAAGAUGAUUCUUAAAAAAGUAUCGUUAUUUCUAGGAAGUUUUAUCCAUUUGCAGGUCAGAAAAAAUCGUAUUUUUUUAUGAAUAUUUUUUCAAGAGUCAUUUUAUUUCAUAAUUUAAUAAAAAUAAUGUACAUUUACAGAAUUUAUUGUUCUUUAAAAUUCAGUGAUUCUUUUUGAAAAGUUUGGGAGCACUUUGAUGCCAUAACCGAUCUCUAAGAGGACCUACGAAAAAAAUAAAAAGGUGCCUGGCCGUGAGGCAGAAUUUUUUGCUUAAAAUUAUCUGGAGAAAUAUUUAUUUAUAUUUAUAAAUGUGACUUUAACCCAACUUUAGUGUUGAGCUGUUUAUUCGAAGUGACUGAAAGUAUAACCGAUUCUUAAAGCAGCGUUUCAAAAAACUCUCUUUUAAAGCUUAAUCGGCUAAGUUAAAAAAAAAUCAUAGUCAUAUCUUCGAAACUUUUUGCCGUAUCAAAAACAUUUUUGAUUUUUUUUUUCAAAUAUAUUUCCAUGCGAUAUGUAAAGAUAUGAAUAUUAAUCGAUUUUUUGAAAAUGACAAGUGGAUAUAACCUCUUCAUACUUCCUGACUUUUUUCUGCCUCCAAUUAUUAUGACAAUUUUUUUCCGAAAAUUUAAAAUUGGUUAAUAUAUUCUACAGUAAAUAUAUUAAAUUUAAUUUCUUACAAUUUAUAUAAAAAGAGAAGCUUUCAAUUUUACUUUAGUAUGCAUAUUAGAGAGAAAUUGAAGUCAUGCGACUUGAGAAUAUGAACCAGACCAGUUUAAUAUUCAAUUUUGUGCAAUAUUUAACUUAACAUAGUGCUAAAGAAGGGCAACCAACUGGGCUUAUGCUGCGUUUGCACUCACCCGACAACUUUUAAAACUCAAAUUUUCGACUAACCGAAGCUAGCUACAGCUUGCGAGUCGUUACAAUUUAACCACGAAAGCAAAAAUAGCGACACAUACGAGUACCUGCACACACAUACAUAUGUAAAAAUAAAUAUACAUACAUACACAAUAUUGCAAAUGUGUGUCUGGGUGUGAACAGCGCUUAACAGAGUUAAUGAAGGCCAACAAAUACUAAGACAAUUUAGCUAGUUAUGUUAAUUUCGAAUGCAUUUUAGCGCAUGCUAACGGUGAUUUUCUGCAUCACAACAAUUUUUUAGUCAGCGAGGAAUUUGCAAUAAAUAUACAAUUUCAUAUUUUUAGUAACAAAAUGUAAAAAUAAAUUAAUAAAACUAAUAUAACUGUUAAUAUAAAAUAUGCAUAGCCAUUUAUUAAGCUAACGAAUAAAUAACUGCAUAAGCCGGUAAAUGCAUGUGUGUAGCUUUAGAAAAAAUACAAAAUCAAAUAUGCAAGGUUGUGCAACAACUACAACAACCAUACAAUGCGGCGUUUAUUGAAAUUGUUAAUGAUGGUUUUGGCUUGAAAUUUCAAACUUUUCAAUUUCGAAAAUUCCAUUUAUGCAAAUUAUUUGGUUGCAAGUAGAAAUAUUUUCAAUUGUUCGACAAUACUACUUAAUAGCUUUUUAUGCAACCGCUGCUAUUUUCAAUAAAUCAUCAGAAAUCUAAAUAUAUAUAUAUAUUUGUAUGUGUAUAUGUGUAUUUGUGUAAAUAAAAUAGUUUUGUAAGUUUUACUAUAAAUCACGAACUAACGGCGACGACAUUGUAAACAUUUGUGUGUUUGUGCGCCAAACGAGCAAUAAAUGGGCAAACGCUAAUAACGUGUAACACAAUAUUUACAAAAACGAAAAGAAUAAAACGUUGAAGAAAUGUUUUUAUUUAUGAAAACAAAAUUCGAAACUGUAUAAAAA